GGGAACCAUAGCCCGACCCUGCAGCUGUUUCACUCCGUCGCCUCGCUCCCUACGUGUUCCCCGGGCUCCACAGCAUGGACACCAGCGGCUCCGCGGAGGGCCGGGAGAGGAGACCCGCGCUGCCCGAUAAAGUCGACAUGUCGCUGGAUGACAUCAUUCGCCUGAACAAGAAGGAGCAGCAGCAGCAGAGGAGGAGACAGGCCCCAGGGAGCCGGAGACCCGUGAAGAAGAAGGGCCGCUUAGCACAGGUGUCCCCGCGGGCUGCUGCAGCUGUGGGACCCGCUCAGAGAGCAGGUGGCGCACCGCGAGGAGGAGCGCCUAAAUUAAGAAACCGGAGGGUCCCUCCCCUGCAGGGGGGGCUACGGCGGGGUCAGGGGGUCAUCACAGGCCUGGCCGCCAGGAGACCCACCGCCCUGCUCAAACGAGUGGGCACCCUGAACAGAGCAGCGAUCAACCAGAAAACAAGACAGAAAACAAGGCCCUUCAUUCAACGCACUGAAGCCCCGUACAGGAAGCCGGAGGUUCAGAGGCGACCGUACAGGCAGCCGGAUCCACAGAGAGGCCCGGGCACAUCAGUCAGGAGACCGUUCCAGCUGCGACGACGACCACUGCCCCCUGUCCAGCAGACUCGGAGGGAAGCACGCCAGGCCACAUUUCUUCUUCGCAGGGGACUCAAGGUACAAGCUCAGGUGCAGAAGCCAAGUCCUCCCUCUCCAGUCAGAACUCGCCAGUGGCGCACAUCGGCAGCCAACAACGGGAUCUUGACUGUUUCAAUUGACAACCCCACAGCCAGGACACAGCCUGAGCCUCCCACUGCUUGGACCCUGCACCCCCCGGCUGUCACUCCGGUUCCGGUCAAGAUAGAACCAGUAGAGAAGAAAAUACCAAAAGGUGUUCCUCUAGAGUUUGACAUCAACAGUGUUGGCAAACCGCAAACGUCGAUGACUUUGAACGAGCGAUUCCGCAUCAUGAAAGACCAGCGCACCACGAUGGCACAAAGCGGUAAAGGAAGCCGAUUUGUCACGGUGGGUUAGCUGGCGAAAACACAGUGACUAAGAAAAACACGGAAGCUCCUUUGUCCUGUGAAGACCCCCACAGCGAACCCCACCUUUUCUGAGUGAGGGUGGCACCGGCGACCUGCUUCUUGACUUUGCAAGUGGUGAGUGGGCAACCGAUCGUGGUACAAAUGUGCACAACCGCUCAAAUGUCAAUGGAAGGUUUCCUGUUCACAAUUCAUAUCGUUGUAUAGAGCCGUUUGUAUUGUGGACGUCCUACACUCGGAAGGAGAGAUAUUUUUCCCCCCCUUUGGACUCUGGACUGUUACGAUUGUGAAGAGUAUUUUUUUCAGAGGGCCAUUAUGUAUUUGCGCGGAUGGCACGUAUGUUCCCCGAUUCCUUCCGAUUUUCGUUUUUGAGAAUAGUUUUGUAAUGUUUCUUCAAAUAAAUGAGUCUCUUUAAAA